AUGUAGAAAUUAUAGUAAGUUGAAGAUAAUCAGUUACUUACAAAUAAAUAGACUGCAAAACCUAAUUAAGCAAUUGAAUCUCUAGUAACUUAGAAGAUGGUUCCCUAUAAAGAACUUUAUAGAUAUGCAACAUAGUCAGAUAAAUUAUUAAUUUCGAUUGGUAUCUUAGCAUCUAUAGGGAAUGGAGUAAUAAUGCCAAUGUUUUCUGUUAUAUUUGGUGACAUGACUGAUGCAUUUUCAGGAGAGGAUCCAGAUAAAAUGAUUAGUGCAGCUGGAUAAUGUGCUAUGUAUUAAUAAAUAAUAUAUAUUAUAGAUGGUUCUUAGUUUUAGCAGGAUGUGCAUGGUUACUUUCAUUUUUAAGUUUCACUACAUUUAUGAUAUCAGGAGAAAGAUAGAGUAUAAGAAUGAGAAAAGAAUAUUUUAGUGCAAUUCUAAGAUAAGAAGUAGGAUGGUUUGAUUCUAUAAAUCCAAAUGAAUUAAACACUAAAGUAGCAGAUGAAACAUUUGCUGUAGAAGAUGCUAUUAAAGAGAAAGCAGGAACUUUUAUUAUUACUUUUUCAACAUUUAUAUGUGGAUUUAUAAUAGGAUAUUCAUAGUAUUUAUAAAAUAUUAAAAAUAAUUAGUGGAUGGUAACUAGCUUUGGUGAUUACUGCAGCUAUGCCAUGUUUAGCUAUUUCAGUAGUUAUAAUGACAGUCGUAGUGAUGAAAUCUAUUAAAGCCACUUAGGAAUGUUACUCUACAGCUGCUGCUGAAUCUGAAUAAACUUUAAAUGCGAUAAAAACGGUCAAAAUGUUAGAUGGAGAAGAUUUUGAAUGUGAGAAAUAUUCAAGAUAACUAAUUGUGGCAGCCAACACAAAUGUAAAAUAUAGUUUAUUAUCUGGUAUGGCUUUGGGAUCGAUUUUUGCAUUCAUGAUUUGGACAUACGCAUUAGGAUUUUAUUAUGGAGCUAAAUUAAUAUCUGAUUAAGUGAUGAACUCUAAUACUGGAAUGAUUUAUACAGUUGGAGAUGUUAUGACAGGUUUCUUUGCUAUUUUGAUGGGUAGCUUUUCAAUCGGAUAAGCUGGUCCAUGUUAUUAAGCAUUUGCAAAAGGAAAAGUAGCUGGAGCAUAGAUCUUUUUCAUUAUAGAUCGUAUUCCAAAAAUAUUGAAUCCAAUUAAUCCAAAACCAUUAAAAAAUUUUAAUGGUGAAAUUACUAUUCAAGAUGUUGAUUUCUUUUAUCCAAGUAGACCAGAUACAUAAAUUUUAGAUAAAUGUUCUUUAAAAAUACCAUAAGGAAAGAAAGUAGCACUUGUUGGAGAAAGUGGUUGUGGAAAGUCUACAAUUUUAUAAUUAAUAGAAAGAUUUUAUGAUGUAAAUGAAGGAAAAGUUUUAGUUGGUUAAGAUUAGAUAGAUGUAAGGGACUUAGACUUAAAAGAAUAUAGAACUUAAAUAGGUUUAGUUGGAUAAGAACCUAUGUUAUUUGCAACUAGUAUUAGAGAUAAUCUAUUAUAUGGCAAAACUGAUGCUACUGAAGAAGAAUUAAUAUAAGCAUUGAAAAAAGUAAAUGCUUGGGAUUUUAUUAAUAAAAUGGAUAAAGGACUAGAUACUUAUGUUGGAAUGGGUGGAAGUUAAUUAAGUGGUGGUUAAAAGUAAAGGAUUGCAAUAGCCAGAGCAAUACUUAAAAAGCCUAAAGUUUUAUUAUUAGAUGAAGCAACAAGUGCAUUAGAUAGAACAAAUGAAAAGUUGAUAUAAGAGACUCUUGAUGAAGUAUCACAAGGUAUUACUACUAUAGUUAUUGCUCAUAGAUUGAGUACAAUUUAAAAUGCUGAUAUUAUUUAUGUAUUUGCAGGUGGAAAAGUAGUAGAAGUAGGUACUCAUUAAGAACUUAUGAAUUUACAUGGGAAAUAUGAAUAAUUGGCAAAAAAUCAAAUUACUUCACAUAAAAAAUAAUAAUAGAAAUUAGAAAAUAAUUUUUAAGCUAAUUAGAAUAAUCAAUAAUAAUAAUAAGAUUUAUUUGAUCAAUAAGAUAUAGAUGUAAGUUCUGUUUUGUCUGUUAAUCAAUUUGAUAAAGAAUAACCAAAUGUUUUUGAUUAAGCCAUAAAGGAAAUAAAAGAUAUUAAACAUUUAAAUAAUCAAUUUAAAAAUAAAGAUCAGAAUAAUUUUUAAGAAAUGAAAACUUAAAGUUCUUAAAAUGAUUCUAAUGAUGCUUAAAUUAUGUCAAGAUUAUUUAGUUAUGGAAAAGAAGAAAGAUGUUUUUUGAUAUUAGGAUUAUUAUCAGCUGUUCUUAAUGGUUGUAUAUUCCCAUGUUUUUCUUUAUUUUUCUCUGAUAUGAUUACUUUACUUGUAGAAAGUGAUCCUAAUCUAUACUCUAAUAAUUAAAUUAGAGAUCAAUAGAUGGAUAAAGUUAAGAGUGAUUCUUCAGAUAUAGCAUUAUGGUUUUUCUUGUUUGGUUUAGGAUUUUUAGUGUUCUAAUCUUUAGAAAACUUCUUUUUAUCAAUUGUUGCUGAGAAUUUAACUAUGAAAUUAAGAAAUUUUACAUUUAGAAAAUUACUUAAAAUGCCUAUUUCUUUCUUUGAUAAACCUGAAAAUAAUGCUGGAACAUUAACAUCUAGAUUAAGUGUAGAUUGUAAAACAGUUUAGAGUUUGACUUCUACUAUUAUUGGAUUUAAAUGUUAGAAUGCUUCUGCUCUAAUUUGUGGUAUGGCAAUCGCAUUUUCUUCAAGUUGGGCUUUAACUUUGAUAGUUUUAGCUACUGCACCAUUCAGAUUUAUUGGUAUGAAAUUAAGAGCAAAAUAUAUGGGCACUUUGAGUGUUUCUAGUAAAGUAGAUACAUUUAAGGAUGCUGGAAAUCUAAUAAUGGAGGCAGUAACAAAUAUUAGAACUGUAUUUUCUUUUGGAAAUGAAAACAUAAUUUUAGAUGUAUUUUAAUAAUAUUAUAAUUUAGGAUUACACUAAAAAAAUUUAAGGACCUUUAAAAGAAUGUGUAUCUAAAGGUCUAUAAGCAGGUAGUGCAUUUGGAUUUUCAUAAAUGUAACCUAUGCUCAUCAAUGCAAUAGUAUUCUAUUGUGGAGCUUUAUUAGUAAAAUAUUAAGGUUUGGAUGUAAAUGAUAUGUUCAGGGCAAUCUUUGGAAUCACAUUUGCAACAAUGGGUGGUGCAAGAGACUCUCAUUUUGUAGGUGAUGUUGAUAAAGGAAGAGUUGCAGCUGGAAAUAUAUUUGAGAUUUUGGAUUCUAUUGAUGAAUUCUAAAUUGAAGAAUGUAAAUAUUGACAUAUUAUAUUAAGAAAAAUAAUUUAAAAGGUUAAAGACUUAAAUAAAAGGAAAUAUAGAAUGUAUAAAUUUAACAUUUAAAUAUCCAACUAGAGAGAAGAAUGUUUUUACUAAUUUAAGUUUGACUAUUCCUUCUGGAUAAAAAGUUGCAUUUGUUGGUUCAAGUGGUUGUGGCAAAUCAACUAUUAUGUAAAUGCUUAUGAGAUUUUAUGAUCCAGAUUAAGGAUAAAUAUUAGUUGAUGGAUUAGAUAUUAGAGAUUAUGAUAUAAGACAUUUAAGAAAAUAAUUAGCAAUUGUCUCAUAAGAACCAGUUCUAUUUAAUGGAACUAUUAAAGAAAAUAUACAAUAUAAUAUUAAUGAUGUCAGUAUGUAAUAAAUUGAAGAGGUUGCUAAAAAGGCUAAUGCUUAUGAUUUUAUUAUUAAUGACUAAUUUGAAAAUGCUUCUGAUGAAAAAUAAUAAGAUUUUGGCAAAGGAUUUCAUAAAAGAGUAGGACCUAAAGGAUCAUAGAUUUCAGGAGGAUAAAAAUAAAGAAUUGCUAUAGCUAGAGCAGUUCUUAGGAAUGCUAACAUACUUUUAUUAGAUGAAGCAACAAGCGCUUUGGAUGCUAAAUCAGAAGAGAUUGUUUAAGAGAGUCUUAAUAACAUAAUGAAAAAUAAUACUACUUUAUCUAUAGCUCACAGAAUUUCGACUAUUAAAGUAAAAUAUCUCAUUAUAUAUAUUUAGGAUUCUGAUAUCAUCUAUGUGUUUGAUAAUGGUAUGAUUGUAGAGCAAGGUAAUUACAAUUAUUUGGUUGGUCUCAAAUAAUUCUUUUAUAGAAUGGAGAAAGGUAUAGCUAUUGCCUCUACGAAGAAUUCUUGA